GUUUCUUUUCAUACGGCAGGCCAACAUUUUACGGCACAGCGCCGGCAUGUUCAGAUUUUGUUGUUAGCUAAAAGCCAAUCGUGCAGGGUUCUUUUCUUAAUUCCAAGUGCAUUUAUCUUACGGUGAAGUGAUCUAAUCUGAACAAAUGGACGUCGGGGAGCUUCUGAACUAUCAGCCUGAUAGAGGAGCCAAGCGCCUGAGGAACGGUGAUGGAGGCGCAGGAGAAGACGACAACUCCAGAGGAGGGAAGCAGCUGAAAGGUCUGGGAGCGAGGGAGCUAGCUAGAUACAGGGAGGCUGAAGGAGGAGCGGAGAUGAGAGAAACUGAAGAAAUAACUGAAGACCGAAAGAUGAUCUUGGAAAAACUGAUGGAUCAGGAUGGGGAAGAACCUGAGGCAGAGCCGAUUGACGAGAGCUCAGUGAAGAAAAUGAUCCUGACCUUUGAGAAAAGGUCGUACAAAAACCAGGAACUGAGGAUUAAGUUUCCAGACAAUCCGGAAAAGUUCAUGGAGUCUGAGUUGGAUCUGAAUGACAUCAUCCAAGAAAUGCACGUGAUCGCCACGAUGCCGGACCUCUACCACCUGCUGGUGGAGCUCAAUGCCGUCCACUCACUGCUGGGCCUUCUUGGUCAUGAAAACACUGAUGUUGCCAUAGCUGUGGUGGACCUGCUGCAGGAGCUGACGGAUAUCGACACCCUCCAUGAGAGUGAGGAGGGUGCUGAGGUGCUCAUAGAUGCUCUGUUGGAGGGUCAGGUGGUGGCGUUGCUGGUGCAGAACAUGGAGCGGUUGAAUGAACAAGUGAAAGAGGAAGCUGAUGGCAUCUUUAACACUUUAGCCAUCAUAGAAAACAUGGCGGAGUUUAGGCCUGGCCUGUGCACCGAAGCUGCUCAGCAGGGACUCAUGCAGUGGCUGCUCAAGAGAAUCAAGGCAAAGAUGCCGUUUGAUGCUAACAAGCUGUACUGCAGUGAAAUUCUAGCCAUUCUGCUGCAAAAUAAUGACAGUACCAGAGAACUGCUGGGUGAAAUGGAUGGUAUUGAUGUGCUACUGCAGCAGUUAUCUGUGUUCAAACGUCACAAUCCGAACACGGCUGAGGAGCAGGAGAUGAUGGAAAAUCUGUUUGAUGCUCUGUGUUCCUGCCUCAUGCUGCCCUCUAAUCGGGAUCGCUUCCUCAAAGGAGAAGGGCUUCAGCUAAUGAAUCUCAUGCUCAGAGAAAAGAAAAUGUCUCGCACCAGUGCUCUGAAAGUCCUGGACCAUGCGAUGAUUGGACCAGAGGGAGCAGAUAACUGCCAUAAGUUUGUGGACAUCUUGGGUUUGAGGACCAUCUUUCCUCUCUUCAUGAAAACUCCCAAAAAGAUGAAGAAAACCGGCACUUCAGAGAAAGAACAUGAAGAGCACGUCUGCUCCGUCAUCGCCUCCAUGCUAAGAAAUCUCAAGUCCCAGCAGAGAACCAGGCUCCACAACAAGUUCACAGAGAAUGAUUGUGAGAAGGUUGAUCGACUGAUGGAGUUGUAUUUUAAAUACCUGGAGGCUGUUCAACAGGCUGACAAGAGGAUCGAAGGGGAGAAACAUGAAAUGGUUCGGCGUGGGGAGAUUCUUGACGACAGCAUGGAAGACGAGUUCUACCUUCGCCGUCUUGAUGCCGGACUGUUUGUUCUUCAGUUGCUCUGCUAUAUUAUGGUGGAGAUCAGCAACUCAGGGAUCUCACAGUUGCAUCAGAGAGUUCAUCAAAUUCUUAAUGUCAGAGGAGGAUCUAUUAAAAUAGUGCGCCACAUCCUGAGAGAGUACGUCGAGAGCAUCGGAGACGGGAAGAGCGACGAGUUCAAAGAGGCGGAGAGGAAGAGGAUCAUGGAGCUCGUCGACAACUUCUAAUCUUGUUUUUUCUUUUUCUCCCUUUUUCGUUGUCGUGCACACCAAACCUCACCAGAACAGUUUCACGUGUGAACCGCCAACGUCUCGGCUCGACUGCUGCAAAGCUUUUUUAGCCUGUUUUUAUCAUUUAAAAGAAUCUAGGUUGGCGUUAUCACCACAGAGGGUUCAUGCCUAGUCAACAGAAAUAAUAGUUUUAUUUAAUGAAAGCAUUCUGGUGAAGUGGAGGCGUGCCUGAGAGCUGGGAUAUUCUCUGCAGAAAUGUAAAUGUUCUGUUUCUCCCUUUUUGUUGAGUUAAUUUAGCUGUAAGAUAUUUUCUAUUAAAGCCUUUGCUAUUAAAA